AUGUCGCAGAGAAAGUGCGUAGUGAGUGAAAUUCCAUUUUUCUUCUUUUUGAAAAUGAAUAAUUCAGAAAAAUUCGCUUAAAACAACCGGGAAAGGGAAACCAGCACCUGAGGCAAAAGGUGGCAAUAUUCUCGCAUGGGUUCGCUUGUUCUUUCAUUAAAUAUGAAGCAAAAAUUGAUUUUAGGGCCAAAAAGUUCUUACACAAAAGAUGAACAAAACGAAAGGCUCAUCAUAUAGAGUAAAUUCAAAAUAUUUUUUUUAAGUUUGAAAAAACUUGAAGGGGCCGCUGAAGAAAAAAGGUCCGACAAAGAAUAAUUCUGACGAAAAAGUGACUCCAAUUGCAGUGUGAGUUUUUUAUCCCGCAAAAUCCUAUUUUUACUACCAAUCUUUAGUUGAGAUCUUUUAUCUACGUAUCACUUAACAGAUUUUUUUUUCAACAUGUCCUUUUGAUUUUCAUUCCUCAACCUAUGGUUGUUUAAUUAGAAUAAAAAGCUGACCAUUUUCACUAGUUUAUUCGACGACUUGAACAAAUUCCUGCACCCUUACACUCAAAAACCUUUCAGAGUCAGGAGCUCCACCGCGGCAUCAACACCAACUCGUUCCGGCUCUGCUGCAAACCUAGCAGGAGGUUCAGAUCGUGGAAAUUUGCCAACUGAAACAGCAGCGGAGCAAGCAAAGAGUCCAACUUACAAAAAAGAGAAGCCGAAGAUGCGGGAGAAAGAACUCGCGAAGCCACAGUCGACUUCCAAGGAGAAAAAAAAGGGGGCGAAUGACUUGGAAUUAGAUGACACUACGAAGAGGAAGUCGCAAAGAAAGGCUGUUGUGACGAAGGUACUGAGAAAAAGAUGAAAUUAAAAAAGAUAUUUUUCAGAAAGAUAAAUCGGAUGGUCCGAAAAAGACGAAAGAAGAGGCGAUGAAGGACUAUUUUUCGACGAAAGCAAAGCUGAGCAGCACCAAGUCUCAUAAGGUACAAGAUUUGAUGCGUCUAAACUUAUGCUAUCAUUCAGAAAAAUGACGUUUGCGUUGAUGAUCCAACACUUGACGUCAUGCCUCGAAAAGCGCCUAAUUCUUUAUUACAAGGAAAGGUGAUAACGAACUUCUAAUUGAACCAAAAAAAAAAAAAAUAUUCUGAAGUCAACCCAAAAUAAUUCAGAAAAAGAAAAAGAAGAAACUUUUCGGGUCGGACCCCGAUUCGUCAAACGAAGCGACGGUUUCUGUGCUCCAAGCGGUGGAAGAGACAAGCUCCUAUAAGACAAGCUUCUAUAAGGAAAACAAUGGCGAGCUGUUUCUCAAGCCGUUCGGAUGGCCGUUUUGGAUGAUCCCAAUGGAGCCUACUGAAUCGGAUUUGGUAAGGAGAAAUAUUUUGUUUGUUUAAAUCUAAUAUCAUCAAGGAAGAAGUCGAGGAAGAUCAUACAGUAACAAACGAACACAUCGUAAUGGUCUUGUCGAACACGAUUCCCGCAGAGCCAAAACUGGUAUUUAAGUUAGUUUUGUGAAUGAACUUUUUGAAACUGAAACAAACCUACAGCCGUGUUCGAGACGAGUACGAGCUGCUGACAAAGCUCCAAACGCAGGACGUCGCCUUCGAAACCAGUCGAGUUUUCAUGAACACCGUCACCAGCGUUAUAAACUUGUCGGCUCGUGGGUUUCCAUCUUUGAUACAGUGAAGUCGGAUUUCGAAAUAGAAUAGAAGAUGGAGUUCUUCACAGUCUUUAAUUUUGCGAGUUUGAACUGAAACUUUUCUUUUUAAAUUUGGCAACGCCUGUUUUUUCAAAUUUCCCUUUGAAAAAUUGGUGGUAUGAAAAAAACUCCAGCGAAAAUUUAAACGGCGACUUUUCCGAUUUUUUCAUAUCGCUAGGGAACUUUCCGACGGUCACCUUUCCGACGAAACUUUUUCCGACUUUUUUUCUCGAUAAAAUCAUCGUUUUCAAUCUUCCUAUAUAAAGUAGGUUGUUGGUUCAUGAUUAAAACACAAAGAAAUAGGAAAAAAAAAAUGUUUAUAGAUGUUUUAUAAACCGAAAAACAUAAGGGAAAAAAGUCGGAAAAGGAUUUUCAUACCAUUGAAAUGACCCAUCGAAAAUGUACAGUAAACGUUCAAAAAAAGGAUUAUUGUCAAUUUUCAGUUUCUAACGCAACUAAUUCAACUCACUAUACGAUAAGAAACAAGAGAAGGGAACUUUUUCUUCAAAAAAACCCAAAAAGGAACAUUUUUUGUUUUCGCAUUAAUUUUCGAUGGGUUAUUUCUGAUCACCCUAUGGCGCUUAACAGAUAAUUUCUUAUGGUCAAUAUUUGGUAGUUCUCAAGCUUACUUUAAGUUAGGACAUAUAGCUGAUUCACUGCUGGCUUGAGCCAUCGAAAAAAUGGUCCUAACACGAUAAUGCACGAGAUAGCGCCUGGCUCGUGGAGAGCGCAGACAGGACACGCCUCUUAGCGUCCCAAGCUGGCCGUGAAUCAGCUAUAUUUAAAAGUUCAUUUUUUUUUCUGUAGAAUAAUCUAAAAAUUUCUAAAGGCGUAGUUCUGCGAGAAGGUAACGAAGACGACGCAACCCAAGCGAGCGAAAACGUGAAAGAAGAAAAAUGCCCAGUUAUAUCGUGGAAGUCUACGCCCACUGUGUGCUUCUAUGAUGUGAGAAAAUUUGGUAAUUACUGAAUAAAAACACUGGAAACGCUUCAGAGGAGCACGCCGAUCGAGUCGACGCGGAAGUUCAUAGCCAGCAGCUGUAGCAAAAGUUCAAGUAGUACUCAGAAAUAA